AGGUGUGAAUUGAGAGCACGCACUUUCGUGACAAUGACCCCUAGUCGAAUUAAUUCUAAAGUAUUUAUGUCUCUGUUCAUUCUAGUAAUGCAGACGAGGUAGCCGCGGCGAGAGCAGCCAUGCCGCUGCCGAAGCGCUGUGUGGAACCGGUGCACGUGUCCCGGGGCACCGUUCCCGAGCGACUUGCCGUUCCUUCCGAGCUCGAAGCUGUCACUAACGGGACUCUCGCCAACACUGUCAGACAACUAUCUUCUCUAUCCAAACAUGCGGAGGAUAUGUUCGGAGAGUUGACUCGGGAAGCGACCAAUCUGGCAGAGCGAACUAAUGUACUCCAGGCCCGGAUAGAUCGACUGGCCAUCAAGGUCACGCAGCUAGAUUCAGGGGUAGAGGAAGUGUCUCUCCAGGACAUCCAAAUGCGGAAAGCGUUCCGUUCGUCGCGGGCGUUCCAACAGCAAUUGUUCUCAAGAAACUCUAUGCCGUCGGCGAUGCUCGCGACGUACGCACGCUGUGACCGACCGCCGCCUCUCGAGCGACUCAACGAAUUCAGAGAUGACGGCCGUGACGCGAGAAAGUUCUACACAGAUCCAGAUUACUUCUUCGAGCUGUGGCGAAGGGAGAUGCUGCAGGACACUGAAAGGAUCCAGCACGAUAGGGGGAAGAAGGUAUGUUCAUUGGAUGAAGCUUCGACUUUUGGCAUGCUGUUUUCAUACCAGCUGUACUAAUAGUUUUUUGUUCUAAAAUAAACAAAUUCUAUACAGAUAAUUAUAUUUAGUAACAAAGUUUGAUAUUUUCGUCUUUCGAGACAUCAAAUUUCGGAAUUAUAUUUAACGAAAUAUUUAACGACUAUAAAAGAUAUCUAAAGGAU